AUGAGUAUUUCAUCUUUUCACUUGUUUUUCUUUCAUCUACUCUUGUUGCUUUUACUGAAAGCAACAGCUAAUGGAAGCUACACAAACGCAGUUGAAAAGGAACAUGUUGUUGGUUCCAUCGGUGCAAUUGUGGAUCUAGAUUCUCGAAUUGGUAAAGAAGAAAAAAUAGCCAUGGAGAUGGCUAUGAGGGACUUCAAUGUGAAGACGAAUCAAAGUUUUCAUCUCCUCAUAUUGAACUCUCAAAAAGAUCCCGUUUAUGCAGCUUUUGCAGCAAAGGAUCUUAUUGAAACACAAAAAGUUGAGGCUAUUUUAGGUCCACAGACUUGGGAAGAAACAGAAAUGGUUGCAAAUAUUGGUAGCCAAGCUCAGAUACCGAUUCUUUCUUUAGCUGAAUCAAGUCCACAGUGGGCAUCAGAGCGAUGGCCCUUUCUCGUUCAAACCGCACCUAGCCAGCACAAACAAAUGAAAGCCAUAGCAGCCAUGGUUCAGGCAUGGGAAUGGCAUCAGGUCACAGUUAUAUAUGAAGAUACUGGAUCUUCAACCGCUGGAAUAGUGAUGCCUCAUCUCUAUGACGCCUUCCGAGAAGCAGAUGUAGAAAUCAUCAAUCUUGUGGCACUCCCACCUUUUGAUUCUUCCUCAUUGGCUGAAAAGCUUGAGAUGAUCAAAUUGGGGCAAUGCCGAGUCAUUGUGGUUGAUCUAUCGUUUCCAUUGGCCACACGCUUAUUCGAAAAGGCCAAGGAAAUGGAGAUGAUGGCGAAGGAUUACGUAUGGAUCACUACAGCCGCUUUUUCGAAUCUAGUCGAUUCCAUUAAUGGGACAAGUAUUUCCUCAAUGCAAGGAAUCAUAGGAGUCCAGAGCCACUUCCCCAUAAAUGGCGAACUCCAUAAGGAUUUUCAUAAGAGAUUCCGGGCAAAGUUUACCUUGGAAUAUCCAGAAGAGGACAGCAGUGAACCUUCUAUUUAUGCAGUACAGGCCAAUGAUGCUGUAUGGACAGUUUGUUCAGCAAUGAGCCAGAAUAACAACGCGAGACGACAAAAACUGUUGGAUACAAUUUUGCAUAGUAAAUUUAAUGGACUAGGGGGAGAAAUUCAAUUCAUUGAUAAAAAAUUCGCUCCAGGGAACACAUUUCGGAUCAUUAAUGUGCUUGGAAAGAGUUACAGAUCACUUGGGUUUUGGUCGGAGUCAGGCGAUGGAAUAGGAUUUUCUCGUAAUUUAGAUGAAAGAGCUUCAUAUAAUCCUUCUAUGAAGAGUUUGAAAGGUGUGAUUUGGCCAGAAAACAAUCACACAUUUGGAGGAUAUGCCAUUGAUCUCUUCAAAGAAACAGUUCGCACUUUACCAUAUUACCUUGCUUACGAAUUUAUCCCCAUUGAUGGCAAGUAUGAUGCUUUAGUGCAGCGAAUUCAUAAUAAGACAUUGCAUGCUGUAGUUGGUGAUGUAACAAUUGUGUCGAGCCGAUUACAAUAUGCAGAAUUCACACAUCCCUACACGGAACCAGGAUUGGUGAUGGUGGUGCCCGUGCGAUCACAAGCCGGCAGUAAAGCAUGGCUAUUCAUGAAGCCUUUCACAAAAGCCAUGUGGGGUUUAACUGUAGCUGUAACUCUCUAUGAUGGAUUUGUGGUGUGGUUAAUUGAGCGGAAUCAUUGCUCCGAAUUAAAAGGCUCAGUUCUCAAUCAAAGCACCACCUUGAUUUGGUUGUCUUUCUCAACACUCUUUUCUCUUCAAGCUGAAAAGUUGCAUAGCAGUCUAUCCAGGAUGGCAAUGGUGGUUUGGUUGUUCGUAGCUCUGGUCAUCACACAAACUUACACGGCUAAUCUCACCAGCAUCCUCACAGUGCAGCGGCUCGAACCCACUUUUACAGAUAUUGGGUCACUGCAGCGAAGCAAUGCCAUGAUCGGAUAUUGCAAGGGGUCUUACCUUGAAAAAUAUUUGGUUCAAGUUUUAAAAUUCAACCCUAAUAACAUAAAAUUUUACUCUUCGUCGGAAGACUAUGCUCAGGCUCUUAGAAGCAAAGAGGUAGAAGCCAUCUUUCUCGACGUUCCGAUAGCCAAAAUAUUCACUGCAAAGUACUGCAAGGAGUUCACUGCAGCCGGACCGACCUAUAAAAGUGGAGGAUUCGGAUUCGUUUUUCCAAAGGGUUCGCCAUUGGUUCCUGACAUGAACAAAGCGCUGCUGAAUUUAUCCGAAUGUGGGAAGCUACGAGAAUUGGAGAAUAAGAUGCUUACAACUCAAAACUGUGAGGAGAUGGAAUCAGAAGAAGAUUAUUCCAGUAUUAGUGUGACUAGUUAUUGGGUGCUCUUCACGUUAACAGGAUUCACAUCAACACUUGCUCUCGCUGUUUAUGGUGUUCAUUUAUAUUCGAAACUUGAGAAGCCAAUUUUCGGAAACAAAAUCAUCUGGAGAGUUAUGUCGGCUGUAAUUGCACAUUGGCGACUGAAGAAGAAGUGGUUCUGUCGAAAAGUGAGCGAUAUCGAAAGUCCUACCAGUAUUGUUCCAUGA